CCCUCGCUCCUCACCAUGGUGCACUGGACAGCCGAAGAGAAGCAGUUCAUUACCAGCCUGUGGGGCAAUGUCAACGUGUUUGAAUGUGGUGGCGAAGCCCUGGCCAGGCUGCUGAUCGUCUACCCCUGGACCCAGAGGUUUUUCUCUGCCUUUGGGAACCUCUCCAGCCCCACCGCCAUUAUGGGCAACCCCAAGGUGCGUGCCCACGGCAAGAAGGUGCUGACCUCCUUUGGGGACGCUGUGAAGAACCUGGACAACAUCAAGGCCACGUACGCCAAGCUGAGCGAGCUGCACUGCAACAAGCUGCAUGUGGAUCCCGAGAACUUCCGGCUCCUGGGUGACAUCCUCAUCAUCGUCUUGGCCACCCACUUUGGGAGGGAGUUCACCCCUGCCUGCCAGGCUGCCUGGCAGAAGCUGGUGCUCGUGGUGGCCCACGCGCUCUCAUCCAAGUACCGCUGAGCUCUUGGCAGGGACUCUGCUCUGUUCCAGGCGCACCCAUGUGCGUGGAAAUGCCCUUUGGGUACCAGUGGCUGUAACAGUCAAAUAAAACCCGUCCACUGCA